GGAGAACAAGAGAACCAGUGCAAGUUAGUGCAGCGAUAGAAAACAGAGCCAUUUUUUUUUUCAACGAGUAGUGUUGGUAGCUGACUAUGGUUCCUCCAUCAUCAUAUGUUUUCCGUAUACUAUCGUGGGCCGUGCACAUAUACAUGCGUACUCAACACACAUAUACACACGCGUAAGCUGUUUAAGGCAGUGCCGACUCAUCGCCGAAAAAAUCUCUACCAAAACACCGUUUUAUUCUUAUCGAAAGACACUCGCGGAGUUAACUUUGCAAUUACUUGACGUAUAUCGGAUUCAUAGCUUCUUCAAUAUGAUUAUAACUCUGAAAAACUUACAACAGCAAACGUUUACGAUAGAGAUCGACUCGUCGCAAACUGUCAAAGAUCUGAAGCAAAAGAUCGAAACGCAAAAAGGUCUGCCUGCCGAACAACAGAAAUUGAUAUACGCUGGAAAAAUAUUAGCAGAUGAGCAGCCGUUAACAGAAUAUAAUAUCGAUGAGAAGAAGUUUAUAGUUGUUAUGGUAACAAAGCCUAAAACCAAUGCUACUCCAAAAACAAGCGAUGAGCAACGCGCAGAAGGAGAGAACAAGGAAGAAUCUACUUCAAGCUCGGUAGCACAACCUAGUCCAAACCCUAAUGUUCAAGAUACGUCACGAGCAGCCAGUAACGUGCAAGAGCAAAUUGCGGCAGCUGCGCCGGCUGCUGGAUGUGGUCAAGCUGAAAGUGCCUUGUUGAUGGGAGAGGAUUACAAUACUAUGGUGAAAAACAUCAUGGAUAUGGGGUAUGAACGUGAACAGGUUGUGCAAGCGUUGCGCGCGAGUUUCAACAAUCCUGAUAGAGCUGUGGAGUAUCUUUUAACAGGUAUACCAGCGCAGUUGUUCGAGGAUCCGCCUGAGGAUCCGCCGGAGGCUCAAGAACAGCUUCAGGAUCAGAGUCAGGAUCCAUUGGCCUUCUUACGUAUGCAACCGCAAUUUCAACAAAUGCGCCAAGUCAUUCAACAGAACCCGCAAUUACUGAACAAUCUUCUGCAGCAAAUUGGCUCGACCAAUCCUGCUCUUUUGCAGCUUAUUUCUCAGAACCAGGAAGCGUUUGUACGCAUGCUCAAUGAACCUGUGGAACCCACCGCGGGAGCAGGAGCGCGAGUCUUGCCGACGAGCGGCGUAGCGUCCGCGGCUGCUCCAGGAGGUCUAACCGGAACUACUGGCACAGGUGCAGUGGCGGGCGCAGGAGGUGUAAUCCAGAUAACACCACAGGACAGGGACGCCAUCGAGAGGCUGAAGGCGUUAGGUUUCCCGGAACAUUUAGUCGUCCAAGCAUAUUUCGCAUGUGAAAAGAACGAAAAUCUCGCAGCUAACUUCCUGCUUUCGCAAAAUCUCGAUGACUGAAAUGCUCACUGAUUUGAUUUCGAGUAAUGUGAGUAAAAAGGAAAAGAAAAAAAAGGGAAAAACAAAUGACUGACAUAGAAGGGUGGAUGAUUGCACCAUUAUCAUUUUUUGACUUUACACUAAUCAUCUUUACUUUGUAUAUAGGUAUAUGCAAUAUCUAUGCUAUUUUAUUUGUUGUGUAGAUAAAAUCUGGUGUGUUUGGUAAGCAAUUAAAUCUAUAAGACGAAUGCGCAUUGCAACAGUUAUACAACCGCCAACUCUUUUGAGUAUUGUUUCAUAUUUAAAAAGAAGAAUACAUUUCAUUUAACAUGUGACAUGUGUCAUUUAUGAACGAGAAAAAGCUUACAGCAGUGUUAUAAUCCAUCCUUACAGCCUACAAGUGCUACACUAUAAGGAUCCUAUGUUCUUUCUUUAAUACAAUUGCAUUUUUAUGUAAGAAAGCCCACUGCGUUACGUGAGAUAUUGUAAGAAAUAUUAUAAAUCUCACAAUGUCUACAUACGUCGAGAGUCGAGUAGCAUCGUACGAGAAUGUACUCGCUUUCACGUCACAGGUAUGUUUUAUACAUAUCUAAAUGUCUACAUGUAAGUAUAACACAUGUAUUAUUCUGUACAUUUAUUAUGGGCUUUCUAAUAUAAAAAUUAUAGAGUGCAUUCAUUCACAUAUAAUCACGUGUAUAUAUAUACAUACAUACAUACAUACAUACAUACAUACAAAAAUACAUACAUGCAUACAUACAUAUAUA